CUGGCUGCUAGCGCCUAGCGCUGAACCUUCAUUAGGAGACGAGGGUUCUGUGCUUGCCUGAAAUUGGUCGCAGACAGCUCAAGAAGUUUGAUGCUUAAAAGCUGCGCAAUUGAUGUGGUGAACUGUUCCCUUCCCUUGUUACAACCUGCAGGAUUCAAUCCAGUACUUAGUUGUUUUGAUCAAAGCUGUUGAUUCACGCUUCUUUAAGGUAUCAAAGCCUGAGGGUUUCAAGCAUUGGUCACAAUGACACACUUGAUCUCUGAUCAGGCUUCCUGAUCCUCGUUCAGGUUGAAAGCAUGAGGUGCAAUUAGUCAUUGGCAGGCAUGGCUGAUGCAGCAGGUGGGGGCGUUUAUGCCUCCGAGAGCACCGCUGACAAGCCGAAACGAAUUGCGCGGGUCAGCUCCUCUGCUCACUCGCAAGCUCAUAAACGUCAGGGCUCAUCCGAAAAGGACGGCUACGCAAAGCUUGAGCCUCUUCCGCCACAAGGUUUGGCGGACAUCCGGACAGCAGAGAAGGGCGAAAGGGUUCGAAGGCCUGGAAAGUACAUUGCACGCCCCCACGGCACCUGGGGCGAACCUGAGACCCCCCUCUCUCCUGGGGAGUCUGACGAUGGAGAAGGCAACAGCCCCGGCAAGGGGGACUCUCCGGUAUCCGACAACGAGAGCGGGAAACCUCUGGCUAGGCUUAAGAGCGGUGUCACAAGCAGCAGCUCUGCGGGCGGCAAGCCAACAGGUGUCCUCGCGCUGAAGGAAUGGUACUCGAAGCGGAGCGCGCUGCAAAAGGCGCUGAGCAAGUCAGAGACGCCGCCGAAGGCCAAGUACAUAAGGCGCCUCGUGCUGAGCACAUGGAAGCACGGCGGAGCAGGCGCAUCGGCGGCCCUCUCGCUGAUUGCCAAGAAGACCGUCAGCCCCUCUGUUGUGGCCCUCAAGCUGCUAAUCGUCACGCACAAGCUGAUGCAGCAGGGCUCCCCCGAGGUCCUCACAGCCGCCUACAGCCGCCUCCCUUUCUUCCAAGAGACCGCAUCCUUCUGGAAUCGCCCCGUACCCGAAACCGCCGUCGAUCCUUACCGCCCCCUCGUUGCCCCCUACGCCGCGUUUGUUGUCGAAAAGGCAGCCUUCCACCACAGGUUCCCCGCAUUUGAGAGCAGCUACUCGGUGGACCUCGGCGGGGGGGGCAGUUUGCACGGGGGAGUGGGGGCGUCGGACCCCCUGAACCACGAAGCGCUCGCGUGCCUGCAGAAAAUGCAGGACCUGUUGCUCAAAGCGUUGGAGGACGGGUUCGCCGUCCUGCGGGCCAAGGUCGCGAGCUCCGCGCGGGCGGGGGGCCCGCCCGCUGCUGCCGCGAACCCCCCGGAAGGGAUGAGCGAGAACGCCGUCGGUUUGGUGGCUGCCGCGAUCAUCCCGAUCUUGCGGGAAGCGGACCUGUUGUAUGACGUUGUCUGGUAUCUUAUUACGUCACUCCUGGGGCUGUGCGGGGGCGCCCCGGAGGGCCCGCAGGGGGAGGCGUUGAGCGCUGCGAUUGGAAAGUUUGGCGCGCAGCAUCGGCAGUUGCGGAGCCUGUUUGAGCAGGCGAGGGGGGAGCCUGCGAUUGCGCAGUGUGUCACGCCGCCCGCGCUGCCAGCGGACCCCCCCGGUUUCGUGUUGGAGUCGCCGUCGGCGAUCUCGGCGAGCCCGUCUCCAUCGUUGAGGCACUCCCCCCACCAGGCCUCCGGCGCCUUCGCCUCCGACGACCUCUCCUCCAAGUCGGCCUCUCACAGCCGCAACCCGAGCGAAGAGCUCUACGCCGGCCCCCCUCACCGCCGCCGCAGCUCCGAAGGUGCGCCCCCCGACGUUGUAGAGCAGCUCAAAGCGUCGGCGCACCUCGCGAAGCUGUCGUUCGACUCCUCGGACGAGUCGGGGCUGUCUGCGGUCGAUGAAACCUGGCUUGACGAGGAGCGCUCGCACCACCGUUCCUCGGGGGAGGGGGUCCCGGUUGGGUCUCCCGUUGUGGGGGGGGUCGGUGCGGCAGCCGCGGCGGCGUUGCAGCGGUUCCAGGGGCAGCAGGCUGAGCGGGCGCGAGAAAACCAAGAGCGGUCCAAAAAGCGGGCCUCUACCGGGUCCGUCACCCGAGCAGAGAGCGGCCGCCAGGGGGGGGGACGUGCGGAUUCCGGGGCAGUAUCUAGAGAGCCGGUUGAGCGGAGUCGACCCCCCCGCGAAGAAGUUGGACGAUGCGUGGAACCCCCCGGCCCCGGUGGCUGUGCCGCAAAGGACGUGGGAGCCCCCCCAGAAAGAACUUCAGUGGUCGAACACGUUGCCCACGCAUCUGGGGGGGGAGGCGGAGAGGCCCCCCGCUGGCGGCACCCAUCGCGGGAAGAAGAACGGGUGGAGCAGCUUCGACGGCGACCACUUUGGUGGGGGUUCCGGGACCGCGUCGCCCGACAUGUUCAGCCCCGUUUUCCAGAACGUUCCCCAGAGGGCGCCGUCAGGGGCGGAUAUCGCGGCCAGCCCUCCCCCCCCGGAAGCGAUGGGUUUACGACCGCGCAGCCCCCCCUUGGCGUGGGGGGGGGACGCGGGUCAAGGUUCGGGGUUCGGUGUGAAUGGGGCCAACUUUCAGCAGCAAAAGUUUCAGGGGCCUGCGCCGAACGUCCCCGAACUGUCCCCAUUCUCGUCGAUGAAUAUCCAGGCGAACGGGGGGGAGCCGCUCAGGCUUGCACAGCAAACCGCGGCGUCCCCCCCGGCGCAGCAGUUCUUGUCCCCCCAGCAGCCGUACCCGCCAAAUCCCCCGUUUCAGCAGCAAUUCACACUGCCGCAGUAUCAGCAGCAAACAGCGCAGUUUCCGCAGUAUCAACAGCCCCCCACCGCACUCAGCCCCCACGCGCCAUACCAGCAGCAAGCCACGACCCCCCCGAACCAAUUCCAAGUCCCCCCACAGCAACAGUUCCAACUUUCCCCCCCUGCCUACCAGCAGCCCCCGGCCCCCCCCAGCAGCAGUACGUCGCGCCUGUACAGUACCCCCCCCAAUUCCAACAGCCGUUCCCGCAGGCGGGGGGGCAGUUUCCGCAGGCGAUCCAGCCCCCGGUCCAGGUAGCCCCUGCGGCGGGGGGGCAGUUUCAGCAGGCGAUCCUCCCCCCGGCUCCAGGAGCGCCCCCCCAACAACAGGUUGUCCAGCUCGGGCAACAACUGCGCGUCGAAAAGCCGCCGGUCGUCGAACCCCCUUGGAACCAGAAACCGCAGAUGGAAGCGGUCGCGUCUCCCCUGGGGGGGGCCGAAACCGAACCCGACAGCUGGACAGUGCCGGGGAGCAUGUCGGAAUCGUCUGCGUGGGAGACAUUUGGCGAGAAUAAGCAGAACAAGGGGGACAAUCUAAAUGGGGGGGCUGCUUUGCAGAAGCCGUUCCAGCCGCAGCUGCCCCCCCCGGUGCAGCACCGGCGGUCGAGCAGCGCGGAGAACCGGCUGGAGACGGUGCUUCCGACGGACUGGGAAAUUCCGUUUGCGGAGCUCACGCUGGGGCCCAAAAUCGGACAGGGCGCUUUCGGCGACGUCCUGCGCGCCACGUGGCAGGGCACCGAGGUGGCGAUCAAGCGGCUCCAGAACAUCUCUGCGGCGACCGCCAACUCCCAAGCCGCCCUCGACUUCAUCCGCGAGGUCGGGCUGCUCCUCAAGCUACGUCAUCCCAACGUCAUCCUCUUCAUGGGCGCCUGCACGGCCCCCCCUGACCUGUGCAUCGUGAUGGAAUUCGCGGCGAACGGGAGCUUAUACGCGGUGUUGCGGAAUCCGGCGGUGACGAUUGACAUGGGGACGGUGCUGCGGUGGGCGACGGAGACGGCGCGCGGGAUGAACCACCUGCACACACGGACACCUGCAAUCGUGCAUCGAGACUUGAAGAGUGUGAACCUGCUCGUCGACGCGGACUGGCACAUCAAGGUGUCAGACUUCGGGCUGGCGCGCACGAAAGCGACCAGCCACGCAUACACUCAGGUGGGAACUUGGGGUUGGAUGGCGCCCGAGGUGCUGGACAACGCGCCGUAUGACGAGAAGGCUGACGUGUACAGCUACGGCGUCGUGUUGUGGGAACUCAUCACCCGGGAGGAGCCCUUCAAGGGGAUGCACCCGAUGCAGAUCAUGAGAGCAAUCGAUCGUGGAGAGCGACCGCCGAUGCCAGAAAACUGCCCCCUCGCCUACCGACAGCUAGUCACGGAUUGUUGGCAGGCAGACCCGAAAGGACGGCCUACCUUUGACGUUAUCUUGCAACGAUUAGGUGCUAUGGCUCGCGAGUUACAGUCGCAAUUGCAGCGAUAGGUUGUCAACUUAA